AUGUCUCUUCAUACCAUGAGAGCAACACCUACAGUUUUUCCAACAGCUGCAACUGCAACUGCAACUGCUCUGGGGUCUGACAUUGUUCCUGGUAUCAGCAAUAAUCUUGGAACGGAGGUUAUUCCUAAGACAACAAGAGCUGUUCUAGGAACCGACAUUGUUUCUGGAACUGAAAGUGUUAUUGGAACCAGAACUGGGAUAUUACCAGCAGCGUUCGCGUCGUUAUUACCGACAAAUUUGAUGUCUAGCACACGAAUUUCUUCACCGCAUUCACUUUAUUCAAAUUCUACAUUAUCGACUGUCAAAAGUAUAAUUAAGGAUAACGAUAAUAUUAAUGAUAAUUGUAAUAAUAUUAAUGUUAAUAACAAUAAUGUCAGUAAUGAAUUGAGACAGUCGACUGUCGGUAACGGGAAGACAGUACUGCCGACUGCUAAUGUUAAUAUUGAGGGUGUACAACAAUUGAGUAAUUUAAAUCCUAGUAAUAUUGUUAAUAAUAAUGAUAAUGAUAAUAUUGGUAAUAAUAAUGAUAAUAAUAAUAAUAAUAAUAAUAAUAGUGAGGAUGUUAAUAGAGACCCAAUUCAGAGCAUGAUUCAGCAGCUGUGGUAUUUAAGAGGGUUUGAGUAUUUUUUGAACCAACGACAGCACCAGUAUGGAAACAUGUAAAUUGUUUUGGGGGUUAGGGAAAUUUUUUUCACAAUUGAAAAAUUGUAUAAAUUUUUUUUUUUUUUGUGUAUCGCUUUAUAGUAAAUUGUAUUUAUUUUUUUUGUAUCUAUUGUAAAU